UUAUUUUUGAACGCAUUUUUUCAAUGACUGCAUUGGCAUUUUCAAGAUGGCGACACUCAGACGAAAUCGUGAAACUUUUGUGUUUAUGAGUGGUGACAGCUUUAUUUCAUCAAACAAGUGUGAAACUGAGAAAAUCAAGAUACCUGAUAUCGUGAAGGAACCCAAAGAUGAAGAAAAGCCACAAAGUACAGCAGAUGACAAAAGUGUGAACAAGAAUUUUAUCCUAGCCUCAGCGUUUUCAGCAUCGGGGAAAUAUUUUGCCGUCGGUGACAACUGCAAGCAGCUUCAUGUAUAUAAAGUGUCGCCAAAAUGGGAACUCGUUAGCACACGGCUGGUUCCUUCACGAUGCACAGCAAUCACGUUUCCACAAAACGAGAAAGAAGUAGUGGUGGCUGACCGGACAGGGGACGUGUACAAGUUCUCUCUCAUUGAUACAAGUGCCAGCGGAGAACUAAUUCUUGGACAUUUAUCACUGAUACUUGAUAUUGCUAUGUCAAGUGACGACAAGUACAUUAUAACAUGUGACAGAGACGAGAAAAUUCGCAUCAGUCAUUACCCCAACGCAUACAACAUACAUGCCUACUGUCUACUACACUCUGAGUGCGUGAGCCAAGUUUUGUACUUGAAAGAAUUCAGCUGCCUGGUUUCUGGCUCUGGGGAUGGUACCCUUGCCAGUUGGACCCUGGAUGGAAAAAAUAUUUGCCAAACAAACACAGUCAGUCAUACCUGUAAAAAAGGUCAAGGUGACACCAAUUCUAAAAAUAGCAGUGUAGUCCCCAUGGUAACAAAUGAUGUUUGUCAAGGUCAGGGACAAGAUGAAGGUCAGGGACAAGGUGAAGGUCAGACAGAAGUUGAUGGUCAGAAUGAACUUCCAGGUGUUAAGAAAAUGAUAUAUAGUCAAGAAUUAAAUGUUAUAGCAGUUAUAUAUUAUGGACUAAAACAGCUGAAUUUCUUUUCCGUGGAAGAACAUAAAAAUGGCUGCACACUUACGGAAAACUCCCAUAACACACUGACAGAGGAACCCUGGGAUAUAUGUUUUGGUGAUCAUCACAGUGUGUGGAUAUUACAGCACUGUGAAGAGAAACCUGUUCUAGUGUAUGAGUGUACAAAAGAUAGUCGUGGAAAUAUUCAGGUGAAUGAACGCAUAGCAGAUCAGACGCAAAAACUUCUAUGUGACAAAUGGAGCUUCUUUAAAGCAUCUAUCGACUGUCCAAAACUGUCCAUGCGUCUCCAGAAAAUUCAGCCACAUAACAAUGUACAGAAGUAUUUAGAAAAGAAAGAAGAACGAAUAAAUGCACAGAAAAACAAACAGCAGCCACCACAAAAGAAACUUAAAACCAGUUGAUGAUGUUAAGGGAUAUAUGUGCUUAGUUUGAACAGAAAAAAAUGACACUACAUGUAUAUUGCAUUGGUAGUUGGAAAUGAACAUUAAAAUACUAAAACUUUAAGUGUUAAGUUUGAUCAGAAAAUAGGCAUUUAAGACAUAAAGUUUGUGACAAAAGAAGAAUGGACAGAAACUUUAUUUGUGUUGAAGCAUGACCUUGACCCAAAUAUGACCUUGAUUUUUACAGGUCAAAUUUUUGAAAUGUCAUUUUAACUUUGUUAUUUGGUAAUAGAUAUGGGCAAGGUGCAAGCAUAUUAUGAACUUUUAGCUGAAAUGAUGAUGGAAAUGAAAAGUUUAAAUGGCAAAGAAGAAUAUGCUUGAAAUAAAGUUUGCCAAUCAAUUUUUCAAACUGUGACUUGCAUUAACAUGUUAAGGCUUACAUUUUAAAAGUUAACCCUUUUCCUGUUAAAACUUAAAUUAUGAAAUUACAAUGUACUUGAAAGGUAAAUUUUUACAGGAUCCACUAUAAUAAGUACUCAUUAUAAAAUAUUUAAAACCUGUAGUUAUUUGGAAUAAAUAAUACAAAGUUAAGACAUAAGGAUUUUUUGUUCCAAUAUAAAUCCAAAAAUA